AUGCAGGGCCGUAUAGUAGGUGGCUACACUGCUGCGCCAAACUCCAUCAAAUACAUUGUGUCACUGCAGAGCACCAGGGGCCAACACUUCUGUGGUGGAUCAUUGGUUCACAGGCACUGGGUGCUGACCGCAGCACACUGUAACAUAGGGGCAGAGCACAUGAUGAUAGUGGCGGGGGACUACAUCGUAAAUACCUUUGAGGGCACUGAGCAGUACGCUAAACCCUACAGGCUGGUCACGCAUCCCUUAUACAACAGGAGCACCAACAACGCUGACAUCAUGCUCAUUAAGUUACGAGCCCCCAUAGUGCUGAACAAAUACGUGUCCCUGGCGCCUCUUCCCCGGCAGGGGACGGGUGUGGUCGAAGGCAGGGUGUGUCGGGUGUCCGGUUGGGGCUACAACAGUCUGGGUGGAGGCCAUGCACCCUUCACCCUGAGGACGGUCACAGUGCCCAUUGUCUCGACUGCAAGGUGUAACAGCAGCGAGUCCUUUAAUGGAAACAUCACAGCAAACAUGAUCUGUGCUGGCUACAGGACUGGAGGAAAAGAUGCAUGCAAGGGAGACUCUGGCGGGCCGCUGGUGUGCGGGGGGCGUGUUUAUGGCGUGGUCUCUUGGGGCAACGGCUGCGGUGAUGCUAAGUUUCCGGGAGUCUACACGGCUGUGUCCAAAUUCCGCCGGUGGAUAGACCAAGUCAUCUACGGGUCGUACUUACGCUGCACCAAAUACUGAAAAAAAGGAUGAAACAAAGAUAAUUAAAAUAGCCACUGAUGCCUUAAAAGGAUCAUUCCCCCUGAAAUGAUUAAAGCUGCCACAGACCAGAGGUAGUUCUGUGUAUUCUGUGUAUUUUUAUCAUGUUUUGAAUACCAAUAUAAUGAUGAUUAUGUUACAUCAUUGUUGAAGUUUCCAUCUGGCAUAAAGUUGUAUUUCUUUCAUAGAUACUGCAAGUUAUCUAGUUGUGAACAUUGCCAGCUACGGUUGUACUAAUUGUGUGCACAGGCACUUUAUAAGCCUAUUGUCACAGCAGUGGUAGUACUACAGGAAUGAUUUGUUGUGACCAUGACACCAUUGUAGACUACAUACAGUUCCUGUGAUAUGAAGUUCAUAACCUGUGAAAA